AUGGUGCCAUUUGACGUAUUCAUUGGCGUGUUGAUGUGGACGGUUAUAACGAUGACGAGCCACGGAUCUAUCGAGGCCACACCAAACAUCGUCUUCAUCUUAACAGAUGACCAGGAUAUUGAGCUAGGGGGCACGAUUCCCAUUGAGAAAACUCGUGUGUUAAUCGGCAGCCACGGGAAAGUUUUCCAGCAGUUUUACGUGAACACGCCCCUUUGCUGUCCGAGUAGAUCCAGCAUCCUCACAGGAAAACAUGUGCACAAUAAUUUGGCGUUAAACAAUUCUCUGGAGGGAAACUGCAGCAGUCCUGCAUGGCAACAGACCCAGGAAGUGAACGCCUUCCCGACCUACCUCCACAGUCAUGGUUAUACGACAUUUUUCGCUGGAAAAUACCUCAAUCGUUACGGUAACAAAAAGGCUGGUGGUAUUCAACAUGUACCGCCGGGAUGGACACAUUGGAAUGGACUAGUUGGGAACUCUAAAUACUACAACUACACUCUCUCUGUAGACGGCGUAGAAGAGAAACAUGGCGAUGACUACGACAAGGAUUAUUUUACUGAUGUUAUCAACAGAAAAGCAACAGCCUUUUUAAACUCUGCCCCGCCUACUCCGUUCUUUAUGAUGCUGGCAACACCUUCUGCCCAUGCUCCAUUUACCUCUGCUCCCCAGUACAGGAACCGCUUCAGCCAAGUACAGGCCCCAAGAAACGGGUCCUUCAACAAACAUGGCUCGGAUAAACAUUGGUUAAUACGACAAGCUAAAACACCCAUGUUAGAAGAAUCUGUCCGGUAUCUGGACAGUAUAUACAGAGACAGGUGGAGAACAUUACUGUCGGUGGAUGAUAUGGUGGAGAACUUGGUGAACUUACUAACUACAAAAGGUCUCAUAGACAACACAUAUAUCUUCUUUUCCUCUGAUAACGGUUACCAUCUCGGCCAGUUCUCACUACCGUUAGAUAAACGCCAACUCUACCAGUUUGACAUCCAUGUGCCUUUCAUGGUCCGGGGACCGGGCGUAACUCCAGGGGCGGUCAGUCAAGAAUUGGUGACAAGUAUUGAUCUAGCUCCAACUUUUUUGGAUAUUGCUAAAAUCCCGCCUCCGUCCGACAUGGAUGGUUUGUCACUUCUACCAAGACUUCUCUCUGAUACCCCGACUAAGGACCGGAAAUAUCUUUUGAUUGAGCAUCAUGGAGAACACACCCCUAUUAUACCCGGAUGUCCUCAGUAUAAGGACCAAAAUAUGGCGAACUGCGAGUCUGCCUGUGUAUGCGAGGACUCCCUGAACAACACAUACACCUGUGUAUUGGGUGGAGAGGAGGGACAGUUUUACAAGUAUUGUAAACUUCAGGAUGACGAGAAUUUUGAGGAGUUUUAUGACCUGCUUGUUGAUGCUAGUGAACUUACCAACAUCGCACCUGUAAUCAAGAAAAAUGCUUCCUUUUACAAUUACGUGACCAGAACAUUAUCGCAUCUAGCACAGUGUACAGGAUCCUCAUGUUCACAUAUUCCUGAUAAGGAACUCUUUUGGAAGUUCAGACAGACCUGUUUAGAUGUGUUUAUGUAUAUAGUCGAACUUAUAAAAACAAUACAACAUGUCUUUUAUAGUAGUUGA